AUGGACAACCUUGGAACCCGCGUUCGCAUCAGUCUCGGUGUCAGUCUUGGCGAUGGUGCCCCCUCUAGUAACCCCUACCGCCUGUCUCUAUUGACAGCACCGGUUGGUCCAAUACCAGGCUUUGAGGCCGAGUUCACGAAAUAUGCGCCUUCCUCAAUGAUCAAUAACAGCAUAGCCGACGAGGUCGAUAUGGCCGGUGGUCGACGAUACACGGAUGAGAAAAUCCAUUUCGUACUGGACCUUGUACUUCGCCAGCGUUUGACCUAUGCUGUCGCGGCUGAGAAGUUCCGCAAAAAAUACAACGACAAGAAGUUCGGCGAAAAGCAAGUCAAGUAUAUUAAGUCGUCGUACUCAACUCACCCUGAAUUUGGAGUCUAUCUUUACAACGAUCCUCGUUCCCAGAAAACUGCCUCUUCGUCGCCGCGAACAACCACUGCCACAAGUGCUGCCGGUACUUCUACACAUCUGCACCCCAGCAUCAGACCCGAAGCGAUGAGUAGGUAUGCUGUAUCUCAGUCACCAGCUGACUCAAUGGGACUUGGUGGUGGUUCGCAGUUCUUGGGGGGUUCACCGAUGGAGGAAACGCCUAAAACUGGGGCUGGACCUCGAGGUACAACCUGCCAGAUGCCUACAGCUUUGGAUGCACUGGGAAAGCUCAAGAGUGAGACCGGGCGUGCUCUAUCGUCAAGCACAGCGUCUCAGUCUUCUGCCGAUUUCACUCCAUGUCACAAUCAAUCCGGGGCAACUUACCAAGGCGCCCAUAGCUUGAAAGAGUCGCGGCCCCUGAACCCACACUACAACUUCUCCCGGGCCGCCUGGCGGGCGUCGACUCCUGGUCACAGUAUUGAGACACAUGAGAAACCGGGUGCUGUUGGAGGAGACAGUUCUCCUACAAUGCAGCAAGACGCGAUUGGUGCUGCCGAGACUGCCGAGAGACCUUCGGAGACUCCUAUUCCGUCUGCUAUAGAGGCCAAGAGAAAGAGAAAUAUUGGGACUCUGAGUGAAAUUGAAGGAAUUAUUGCCGCGCGAGCCGGGUCGGCUGUGGACCUGAUCAAUAAGCGCCCUCGCACUGGUAGCUUUACCCCUUUUCUUGGUCUGGCCAGGGACCUUACCAAGUCACCGAGCAGCGACACCACCAAGAAGAUCGUUGACGCGAUCAUGGGCGAAACGAGGAUGGGAGGUCAAGGAAUGUCCGCGGGAAGUGUAGAUUCGCAGAAGACUUCACGGGAAGCGCUUUUCUACUCGACCCCCAACUUGGACUUUUUCAGCGUCCCCUUGAGUCCGGCUGCCGAAGAAAUUAUUCGCAAGCCCAACGAUGAGACAAAGACCUUUGUUACCUCUUUGAACUUGAUUUCUGAAGAACCCAAGAUUUCGGAACUCGCUGGAGUCCACCAGCAACAUGGUAUAUCCGAAUCAACGGUGACUGAUGCUCCACCAAUGGAUGCCCUCUUCGCUGGCAAUGUUGCUCAAGGCAUGCCUGGAAACGCUGGUACUUCGACCACGACACCUGGCACAAAUAACAUGACUUCGCAGGAGACUUCUGCCUCAGACCUUAUCAGUAACUUCACGGCGUCUAUCCAAAACCCCGGUGGAUUUGUCAUGAGGUCACCGCAGGGAACGUGCUACCGCGCUCCCUCGCCGCCCGCCCCCUACACGCGCGACAACUAUGUCGGCUGGGACCAAAUUGGUCAUAUCUACUCUACGAAACAUGAAAAUUGUCCUGUCAAAACUCACCAUCGUCACGAUCAUUCUGGAGGCAUCUACUUUGUCAACAUGUCCUACCUGAUGGAGGCUUUGCAGAACUUCAGCCUUGACAUCCACAUUGAGGCCCGGCUUAAAUCUGGACACGACCAGUCUACCACAGCUAACGCCAACGCUUCUGCCGCUAGAGUUGAAGCUACCGUAAAAUCAGACAACGUCCCCCUGCAAAUCCAUGCCGAGCCGGCUGCCACGACUGCCGACAAUCGCAAUCAAGUCUCCUGGGAGGAGGCUGCCCUCAACCAGUCCAUCUGGACGGCCGGCGCUGAAACGCAUGCCCAGCUCGAGGGACUUGAAGACCGUCGCCGCACCGCGGCAGAGCAGCUCUUCGAUGACAACUCCCUGACCGAAGAGCAGUAUAACGACACCACCAAUUAG